AAUUAAUAUUGAUCAAAAGAUAAAAUAUUACUAUAAUAAAAUUUAUUAGUAUUGAUUAUAUUGUAGUAGUUUUGUAUAAUAUAAUUUUUUGUAUUGAUUAGAGUUGAAAUAUUUAUAUAAUAAUAACUAUAAAUUGGUAACCGCAGUAAUAUCACAAAAAAAAUAAGGAUAAUUUUGCACAGCAGAGUAUAUAAAAAAAAUUCUAUUCAAAUAAUCCCCUCAAUUUCAUUUUAGUUAAAUAUUGUUAAAAAAAAAGGAAAGAUAUUCAAAAUAUGUUUCUAGAUGUAAAGUGACUUUGUGCCUUUGUGGUCUCACAUCAAGAUGCAUGUGAAGUGUGAACUCUUGAACAGAGUAUAAGGACAAAAUAAUAAGAGCCAAACAAAAUUAUAUAAAAUAAAAUAAAUAAAAUAAAAUAAAAAGAAGGUUGCAUCACCAAAAAAAAAAAAAAAAAACGCCACUUGUUUGGCUUAGUGGUGAGAUCCAAAUCACUCCCCACAUUUGACUCACAUGUGAUGUGAACAUAUUUUGACCAUCUCAUACGAUAUCUUUUCUUUUAUAUAGAAUCAUUUUUUCUUUAAAAAAAAAAGUCAAUCUCAUUUAUUAUAAAUGAUUAGAGUUAUGUAAGGCUUGCCAAUUAGGUCCGCUUAUAUUUUAUUUAGCUUAAUGGGCCGGGAUUCAAAAACCAAGGCCCAGUAAAAGGAGCCAGACCAUGAACAAUACAUACCGGCUUGGGGAUUGCGAUUUGAGACGAAAGUUGAACAAAAGGGAGUUCUUUUUUUCGAUGGCAUUGUUCAUUAUCGUGGAGUUGAACCGACUGACUUGAUGGCAGUUCUUUUUUUCGAUGGCAUUUUAUUAUAGCAAAAGAUGAUUAUAUUCACUCAGAUGUUCCUAAUAAUUCGUCCCUAGAUUAUAUAAAAGGAGAUAAAUCGGCCGACUUGAUGGUACUUCAUUGUGGCAAAAGAUAAAUACGCUCGUCCUCAGCGCCCUCAUAAAUCCGUCCCAAGGUCAACACGAUGCUAGUACCUUUAUGCCUUCUCCUUCAAUGAAGGUUAUGAUUCAAGCAAGCAAUUCCUUUCGUCUGCCGUUAAUUAACCAUAUCCGUGUAUAUAACAGUAAAGUAUAACGUUGUUCCCAUGAAUUAAAUCUAAUUUACUUAAAUUUAAUUACGAUUAAAUGGCAACUAAUCAACUGCUCAUCGCCGGCGUUGGCGAUCAGAGGAGCCCUCUCUUGUCCGACGCCGGAGGGGAGGAGGACCACAGCCACAAGGCGGAGGCGGUGCCGUCGCGUACUCUGCUUCAAGUGGUAUACAAGAGCACUGCCGACCUCGCCAAUUACCUCCCCACCGGCACCACCCUCGCCUUCCAUGUUCUCGCCCCCGUCCUCACUGACGGCGGCCGAUGCGCCGCCACAGCCAACCGGGCCAUGACCUCUGCACUCCUCCUAGUCUGCUGCCUCUCCUCGAUCGUCCUCACCCUCACCGACAGCUUCACCGACGCCACAACCGGCCGCGUCCGCUACGGCCUCGCCACCCGGCGUGGCCUCCUCGUCAUUGACGGUCUGCCGCCUCCGGCGCCGGCUGUCGCGGCUGAGUACAGGCUGAUGCCGGUCGACUUGCUGCACGCGCUCAUGACACUGCUAGUGUUCGUGGCCGUGGCGCUGGCGGACCGCAACGUGGUGUCGUGCUUCUACCCGAUCGAGUCGCCCAACGUGGCGCAGGUGGUGGCGGCUGCGCCGGUCGUCGUCGGCCUCGUUGUAAGCGCCGUCUUCGUGGCUUUCCCGUCGACUCGCCACGGCAUCGGAUUUCCAGUGACGCCCAAAUGAUGCCUUCUUCUUUAUUUAUUUAUUAUUAAUAGUAUUAGUAUUAUUAUUGGCUUUCUUCU